CCUGCCCCUGACUGCCCAGUCCCCACUUCUGACCCCCCCGACACCCCACUCAGAGCCCCCAGCUGGUCACUGCCCCCCUGACCGCUCCCGGCUGGUCCCUGCGCCCAGGAGGUAGCCAGUGGCAUGUGGGCCCGGAUCGGCUGAGCCCCCUCCCGCGGGGGAACAUGCACUGGGUACCUGCGGAGCUGGGAGUCCCCGGAUCCUGACAUGGCCACGCUGGGCACCGCGGGCUCUGACCUGCCGCUGGAGGAUGGGGAGUCACUGCCCCCCAACUCCCCUGGAGCCCCCCGGACCCAGGUGAAGGAGGAGGGGCCCCAGUCGAGGCCAGAGGCAGCGAUCACCCCAGAGACCGAGGUGCUGGGCACUGAUGGGGAGGGGUCGACGCACAGUGCUGCGGAGGAGCCGGAGCGGCGCCGGAGGAAGGGGCCAGCGCCGAAGAUGCUGGGCUCGGAGCUGUGCAGCGUCUGCGGGGACAAGGCCUCGGGUUUCCACUACAACGUGCUGAGCUGCGAGGGCUGCAAGGGCUUCUUCCGGCGCAGCGUGAUGAAGGGGGCGCAGUAUGUGUGCCGGGGCGCCGGGCACUGCCACAUGGACCUCUACAUGCGCCGCAAGUGCCAGCUCUGCCGGCUCCGCAAGUGCCACCAGGCCGGCAUGCGCGAGCAGUGCGUGCUGUCAGAGGAGCAGCUGCGGAAGAAGAAGGUGCAGAGGCAGCAGCAGCAGGGGGUGGGGGGGGAGGCGCCGCCGCGAGGGCCCCCCCUACCCGCCACGCCCCCGGCGGAGCCGGCCCGGCUCAGCCCCCAGCAGGAGCUCAUGAUCCAGCAGCUGGUGGCUGCCCAGCAGCAGUGCAAUAAGCACUCCUUUAGCGACCAGCCCAAGGUCACGCCGUGGCCCCUGGGCACCGACCCCAACAGCCGGGAAGCCCGACAGCAGCGCUUCGCCCACUUCACCGAGCUGGCCAUCAUCUCGGUGCAGGAGAUCGUCGACUUCGCCAAGCAGGUGCCUGGAUUCUUGCAGCUCACAAGAGAGGACCAGAUUGCGCUGCUCAAGGCCUGCACCAUCGAGAUCAUGCUACUGGAGACGGCUCGGCGCUACAACCACGAGACGGAGAGCAUCACCUUCCUGAAAGACUUCACCUACAGCAAAGACGACUUCCACCGCGCCGGCCUGCAGGUGGAGUUCAUCAACCCCAUCUUCGAGUUCUCACGGGCCAUGCGGCGGCUGCAGCUGGACGACGCGGAGUUCGCCCUGCUCAUCGCCAUCGACAUGUUCGCGGCCGACCGGCCCAACGUUCAGCAGCACGGCCAGGUGGAGGCGCUGCAGCAGCCCUACGUCGAGGCCCUGCACGCCUACACCCUCAUCAAGCACCCACAGGACCGGCUGAUGUUCCCGCGGAUGCUGAUGAAGCUGGUCGCCCUACGCACACUCAGCAGCGUCCACUCGGAGCAGGUGUUCGCCCUCCGCCUGCAGGACAAGAAGCUGCCCCCGCUGCUCUCCGAAAUCUGGGACGUUCAUGAGUAACCGGGGGUCCGGGACCUCCCCCUCCCCCAACGUGGACUGCAGGGACCCCCUCCCAGCUGGACCUCCCCCCUAGGGGCCUCCGUGGAUGAAGCAUCCCCAGUCACCACCUGCAGGUGGGGGAGUGGGGGUCCAGCCUCAGAGACAAUGGGGGCCUGCUGUGGGUCGGCCCAGCCCCCUCCCCCAAUUUGGGGAGGGCUACGAAGCACUUUUCUCUGCCCCUCUACCAUCUACCUGCCUGGGGGAGCCUGCUGGGGUGUGGGGGGGAUUCAGGGCUGAAUAGACCCCAGCCCCGUGGUGGGGCGUGGAGCCGGGGGCCCUCCCGCUCUGACACCAAGAGCUGUUUUAUUGGGGGAUCAUCACGGGGCCGGAGCAAUGGUCCCUCCCCCAACUUGGAUCCCCCCAGCAGACGGGACCCCAACCCCCUCGCUGCUUCCUCUUAUGCAUAGGCCAUGAAUGCCCCCCUGCUGGACUCGGGCUGCAUGGAUGGGGCGGCUGGGGGCGCCCCUACCCCGGAUGGGGCACAGACCCCUAUGGAAAUAAAGCAAUCAUAGCACAGCA